AUGCGUUUGUGCGCUCUUUCAUCGCCACGCAUGAAUCCUCCAACCCCUUCAUCACGCGUCACCGGCGCGUUCCCGGGAAUCCACCGGUUGAUGCGCGCACCGGGGCGGCAGGGCCCCGUACAGCCGGCGGGCGGCAGGAUGGGUUGGUGCCGGCAGCGGCUGGAGCGGCUGGAGCGGCUCGGGGAUGAGAAGGAAGUCUACACACGCACCAAAGACACAUCAUAUGACCCUGAAAGAGCCCUAGCAGCUACUCGAGGCUUUUUUCGCGCCGACGAUUUCAAGGGUUUGAGGUUUGUCGGGUCCCGUCCAGUUGAGCCGAGUCCCGCAGCCGGUGACGAGGGUCUUGAGUCAGUGGAGAUGGUUGGCCCUCGAAGAGGAGUCACAAAAAGUCAGGAUGUGGUGGAAAGGGAGCUUACUGCGCGGCCGCUGGUGCAAGAGCUUCUGCCAACUCUGCGGGCACUCAACGAGGCGCCCGCGCGUCGCGACGCGAUCGACGCGAUCCUUGCGCGCCGCCUGGCGCUUUGGGGCGUCGUGGGAGAAGCAGUGUGGGCCGCCAUGCGGCGAGGGCGUUGGCAAAAAGCACUGGAAGGCUUUCGACAGACGUGUCGGGAGGCUUUCGACCGCGCUGGAACGCACGGCGCACGUGCGGACGCGAACGUCGGCGCCACGUGGGCGCCACGCGCCAGUAAAGCAGAUUGGAAGCUCUGUGGUGUGGCCUUGUUAGUGGUCCACGAGCUCCACUUGUAUGCCGUCUUCCUGGAUGUCAAGGGGGACCGUGUGCUGCUGGAGCAGCUGUGGAGACGUUUCGGAGAGCUGCUGCAGCUGCCAGUGGCGUCCAUGCCCCAAGUCCUCGCAAGGACGAGGCGGAACACCGCCGGGGGGGCGACGGGGGGCCGCGACCCGCUGAUCCAGGCCCUGGGCCCAGGAAGCUCUCCAGGUACGGCCGAGCGCGAGCUCGCGCGCGUUUUCCGCGCGACACCCGCGGACCGGUCUGGUGGGACUUCUCACGGUCUCAAGAAACCCGUCGAGUCCGUGCGAACACUCCCGGCCUGCGCGGACUGCGCUGACCAGGCUCUGGCGCGGCGGAAGCAGCUGCGGAUGCUGCAGAGGCUUCAUGAGAAGGCCUUACAGCAGUGGAAUCGCGAAUGGCAGGCAACCAUACAGUACUACAGCUUUGCCUCCUUGGCACAUGACUGCCUGCAGCGUGUCACUUGCGCCACGCGCUUUUUGCUUCGGCAGGAGGCGUCGCGCCCAGAGCCAGCGGGGAAGCUGGGCGUCAAGUUUUGGGAUAGCAGCUUUUGCCACCUCUUCAAGAUCGCCUGGCCCGACUUUGUCGAGGCCUUCGAGAACUUCUACCUGCAAGGUCGUUGCCCGAACGACUUGGUACGGCAACUGCGGCUUCGGGUCCGGCAGCUCGGGGGUACCGAGCAGAGCGGCGUGGGGCAGCGAGAGGGCAUGGUGGGGGUGGGUGGGGAGCAAUGGGGAGCACUUGGAGCAGUGUGGAGCACUGGACUUGGUGUGGAACGAAUGGGUGUCUUCAGUGACCUAGCCAAUAGUGUGGGAUUCGAGCGUGCCGGCCACGGCCACGCCACCAAUCACCAGGAUUUGAGCGUGCCUGGCACCCACCCCGCUGCACGGAGCAAGCGGUUGAGCGUUUCGCGCCCUCUCCACCGUGCUGAGGUGGAUCCGACAUGCAGCCAGCAGGCACCGUGGUUUGCGAUCGGAGGAUCCGAUGUGAGACCGUCCAAGUUUGCUCCGCAGAGCGAAGUUGGAGCUUUUGCUUCGAAAGGUCUCAGGAAGGGUAUGUCAUGCAAGAUCUAUUUUACCAUCUAUAAACACUUCAUGAAACUUCCGGCUGGAGAUCCGACGCAUUCCGACGCUAUUUGGUUCGGAGAAACCGUGAACACCGGUGACCCGGUGGUUGUGCUCGGUGUCACCGGGUCGCUCGUGGAGCGUGUCACCUGGGCUCUCGCCUGCCAGGUGACACGGAAUUCUUGGCAGCUUCUCCUGGAGGGACACAGCAGGACAGCACUGGACAGCGCAAGGCUCAACCAGAGGAAGCUUUGCAUUUUUGCACAGAAGCAUGUUUUGAACAACUUGCCUGGGUGCAUCUAUAGGGAGCCGCUCGAGGAGGACGAGGUGAUCGAGGCUGCGCGCCAUCCUUGUGGCAGCUUUUGUGGCCACGGCCGUUCCUCGCUGCCUGCGGUGCAGGUGGAUGUCUCCGAGUGGGGCUUCCCAUCGCCGCAGCCCACUCCACAGGUGGCCGGGGUGGCUUGGGGUGGAGGAGGAAAGGGCAUGAGGUUUGCGCACAGCGCAGCGGAUGACGACAUGUCCAUCCCCACGCAGACCGACGUGCGUCAUCCCACAGGAGCGCCCCACGGCGCGCGUGAUGGCUCCCGUAUGUCAUGGGAUGACUUCGUCACGGACCUGUGUGCUUCACAUAAGCCCUGGUGGAUCGAUUUGGAAGACGAGGUGAGCCCUGAGAUGUCCGCUCAGCGGGAGUCUGCCCUCCGCGCGGUGGACAGCUGUAUUUCCUGCACUCGUCGUUCCCUGGUCUUCCGCGUGGUGAGUGGCGAUUUGGGACAAAACCGGCCUGUCUUGCAGAUGCCUUGCGCUCAUGAUGAGAAGCCGCAGGCCUUCGAACCGGGCUCUCCAAGAGAAGCUGCGGUGGAUUUCUCUGCGCUGCCAGCACUGGUCGUGGCCGCCAAUGGCAGCCGCUUUAGCGGCGUGACGAAGUUCGGGCGGAAUUCCUCAAAGAGGACCUUGGUCCCCGACUGUCCGAUGUCGGAGCCGAUUGCAUCAAGAUCACAUUUCAAUGUGAUCCACGAUCAGGACACAGAUCAGUUCUAUAUCAUGGACGCGGGCUCCAAGUGGGGAACCUUCGUCAAGAUUGGCUCCAACGUGACUCUCAGCUGCGGCGACUGGAUUCGUGUAGGUGGUGUGGAGUUCAUCGUUCGCUUCUGUGGAGGUGGUUGCAAGUGCCAGAAGAGCCACAUACACUACCGAUUGCACGCCAUGAAGAUGCAAGAGGUCUGGACGACCUGUGGAGAUGUACUGCGCGGGUUUCGGUUUCGGUUUUCGCGCAGGUGCCACGUCACCCCGCGCGGGGGUUCCCCGGGGCGUUGGGCCCCGGGUGACCGUCACUGGGGUUGUGGUCACGUCAUGGGUCGAACCAUGUGA